AUGGCGACCACAGCACAGGCUGCUAUUCAGAGCAUUGGCGUGGCCAAUCUGCCAAACCAGCGACACAAGAUUGUGGCCAAGAGUGGAGCUACCUUCACCCUUAUGGUGGCUGGCGAGUCUGGUCUCGGAAAGACCACCUUCGUUAACACCCUCUUCUCCACAUCCAUCAAGAGCUACACAGACAACAAGACGCGGUUCAAGCGACCCAUCAAGAAGACGGUGGAGAUCGACGUGACCAAGGCCGAGCUGGAGGAGCGAGGAUUCCGAGUGCGACUCAACGUGAUCGACACUCCCGGAUUCGGUGACAAUGUCAACAACCUAGACUCUUGGCAGCCCAUUGUUGAAUUUCUGGACGACCAGCAUGAAUCUUUCAUGCGUCAGGAACAGCAACCAAACCGUGUCGGCAAGAUUGACAUGCGAGUCCACGCGUGUAUCUACUUUAUUCGACCCACUGGCCACGGACUCAAGCCCCUGGACAUUGAGGCCAUGAAGAAGCUGUCUUCUCGAGUGAACUUGAUCCCCGUCAUCGCCAAGGCUGACACACUGUCGCGCAAGGAGCUGGCUAUCUUCAAGCAGCGAGUUCGAGACACCAUCAUCGCGCAAAACAUUCGAAUCUACCAGCCCUCAGUGGAUGAGGAGGACCAGCGAGCUGCUGAGCACGCCAAGUCGCUUAUUGACGCCAUGCCCUACUCCAUCAUUGCCUCUGAGAAGGACGUGGAGACCCCUGAUGGUCGAGUGGUCAAGGGCCGACAAUACCUGUGGGGAGUUGCCGAGGUGGAGAACGAGGACCACUGUGACUUUGAGAAGUUGCGAUACCUCCUGAUCCGAACCCACAUGCUGGACCUCACAGCCUCCACUGAGGAGCUGCACUACGAGUCGUACCGAACCCAACAGAUGGAGACCAGAAAGUUUGGCGAGGCCCGGCCGCGAAAAUUCGACAACCCUAAGUUCAAGGAGGAGGAGGACGCUCUUCGAAAGAUGUUCACUGAGCAGGUAAAGCUGGAGGAGCAGCGAUUCCGACAGUGGGAGCAAAAUCUCAUUGCCGAGCGAGAUCGACUCAACAAGGACCUCGAGCAGACCCAUGCUAGCAUCAGAGCCCUGGAGCAGGAGGUCGAGCAGUUGACUAUGAAGGCUGGUAAGCGAUAA